AAUAGAACAGAGUUAUGACCACCGCACAUGUAAAAAGUGUCUCUAAAAUGCAGGUCUCUCUUAAACCUACAUCGAACGGUCACAACUUUUUGCUCGAGCCUCCAGCAGAAGUCGAAUAUUAUUGGUUGAGAGGAACGUGACGUCAUCACCACGCGACCAACCACAGGGUUGGUUCAGAGUUGUCAACCUCAUUUUCAAACUACGAUAAGCUUGAAUUAAGUCCUCAUGGCAACGGAGGGUGUGGAAACGACCAGUGAAGAUGUUCCAGUUCUUGGGAAGGUCAGCACCAGGUUUGACCUGGAGAAGGAGACUGAACUUCGGUUUGAGGUGGAGGCAGGGGAGGCAGCAGAGCAAGUUGAGCUGGAGCUCCUGACAGGAAUGGGUGAGGUGUUUGGCUCAGAGCUGAACCGCAACAAGAAGUACACAUUCGGACCAGGCUCCAAGAUUGCAGUUUUCACCUGGCAAGGCUGCAGCGUGAAUCUUUAUGGAAAACCAGAGGUAGCUUAUGUGUCCAAGGAUACUCCCAUGCUGCUCUACCUGAACACACAUGCUGCCCUGGAACAGAUGAGAAAACAAGCAGAGAGGGACAAUGAGAGGGGGCCGAGGGUGAUGGUCGUGGGACCUACAGAUGUAGGAAAGUCAACAGUGUGCCGCCUGCUAUUAAGCUAUGCUGUAAGGGUGGGCCGGAGGCCAACACUGGUGGAACUGGAUGUUGGUCAGAGUGGGGUGUCUGUACCUGGUACAGUGUCGGCACUCUGCAUUGAGCGCCCAGCAGACGUGGAGGAGGGUUUCUCAGUCCAGGCUCCUUUGGUCUACCACUUUGGCUCAACUACCCCUGGGACCAAUAUCAAACUUUACAAUAAGCUGACAUCAUGCUUAGCAGAGGUGUUUUCCCAGCGCUGUGAGGGGAACAGAAAGGCUAGCGUGGGCGGCUGUAUCAUCAACACCUGCGGUUGGGUGAAGGGCUCUGGCUACCAGGCUCUAGUCCACUGUGCCUCUGCCUUUGAGGUGGAUGUGGUGCUGGUGCUGGACCAUGAGAGACUCUACAAUGAACUCAAACGAGACCUCCCUCACUUUGUCCGGGUUGUGCUCCUACCCAAGUCCGGAGGGGUGGUGGAGCGCUCAAAGGAGUGCAGGAGGGAUACUCGGGAUGAGAAGAUCCGCGAGUAUUUCUACGGCUUCCGUGGACUGACCUUCUACCCUUUCUCCUAUGAAGUGCGUUUCUCAGACGUCCGCAUCUAUAAGAUCGGAGCACCAUCCAUCCCGGACUCCUGCUUGCCCCUGGGAAUGUCUCAGGAUGACACACAGCUAAAGCUUGUGCCUGUAACACCAGGGAGAGACCUCACGUAUCAUGUCUUAAGCGUGAGCAGUGCAGAGGAUGGAGAGGAAGGUGCCAGAAAGGGGAUAGUCGAGAGCCCUGUGUGUGGCUUUAUAGUGGUGACUCAUGUGGACACACAAACACAAGUGAUGAAAGUGCUGUCCCCAGCACCCAGACCACUGCCCAGACACACUCUACUUAUCAUGGACAUCCGCUUCAUGGACAUGAAAUGAAGUGUUACAUGUAAGGGAAGAGCAUUUUGUUGUAAAAUAAGUGGGGGUCUUGUUGGGGAGGAGUUCCGUGAAGAAGACAUUUUGUUUCUUAGUUGCCUCUUUGUAGGGACUAAAAAGAGAAAAGGUUUUAGUUCAGUUUCUGUAAAUUCAACCCCACUGUACUGAUGUUUGAGCAAUUUGUGGCACGGGAGGUUUUUAUCACUGCGGCAAUUAUUUCCUUGAGAUGUUUUAUGAACAUUGUUUUUCUUCUCUUGCGUAAUAAAUGUUUUAAAUGUAAAACAUUUGGUGUCAGAUAUACUCAGUUUAAUCGUUGCAUAUUGUCCUAUUCUACACAUUGCACUGCACAUUGCACUGCACACACUUAAUUUCAUUUGUAUAUGUUUGUUGUUUAACCCUCCUGAUGCCUUCGGGUCAAUUUGACCCGAUUCAAUGUUUAACCCUCCUGUUACCUUUAUAUUUACUGACAUAUUUGACCCCAGCAAUUAAAACCUCCAGAAAAUUAUUAGAAUUAAUAUUGUUUUCCAAGUUUAAGUGUGAGGUACUUUAUGUUUGUUUGUUGACGACCGAAAGAACACCGACAUUAAACAUUGAAUCGGGUCAAAUUGACCCGAAGACAUCAGGAGGGUUAAUGGAUUAGUUAUAAAAAUAUGUGUAUGCUUUUCCUUAAUUACAACUUAAUUAAGUCUUUAUAAUAGGUUCGCUUCACAUUAGGUUUUACUCAAUAUUUACUCAAUAUUUCUACAAAGCCUCCUCCAACAAAGCAAAGUUAUUCUAAAUGUGUCUGAAGUGGGAGACGUGUCCUGUGUUCUGUCAUAUACAUCCUGUAGUGUCUAUGUCUCUUAGGACAUGAGUGAGGCACAGCCCACUAAGGCUUUUUUGCUGUUGUAUUGAAGUUGGACACUAUUUCUUAACAUACAGUAACAAUAUCUCAAAUUGAAACUCA